UUCGGGCACGAAAUUUCAAAACCAAAAUCACACCAAGCCCGCCUUCAAUGAAGUUAAAUUACAUUUGAAAUCCGCGACGAAACCAAAACCCUCGCUUCCCCAUCUCCCCCACUCCCCCCAAAUUCCUGGUUCCCUCCCUCAUCUCCCGGCCCGAUCUCAGCCCCGGAGAUGCCCGAGACCGUAGAGGAAGACGAGAAGAAGGACCUCGGCCAUGGAUCUUCGCCGGAGGAAGUCCAGAAGGAAGAGAUCAGCUCGGUGAAGAGUCCUGUCCGAAGAGGGAGAAAGCCGAAGACAGAGACUUCCGAGACGAAGCCGAAGGAGGCGGAGGAGGAGAGCGCGGAAAAGAAGCAGAGGAGAUCGGUGGGCACGCCGUCGGUGGAGAGACCUGCGAGGGAAAGGAAGGCUGUCGAGAGGUAUGCUGCGUUGUCACCGAGACGGGUCACGCCGAGCAAGAUCCCGCCCAUUGAACAGGGUCCUGGAACUAAGCUGAGGGACAUCCCAAACGUGUCUUUCAAAUUGUCGAAAAGAAAAGUUGAUGAAAAUCUUCAAGCGCUGCAUACCAUACUCUUUGGGAGGAAAGCUAAUGCACAUUAUUUGAAGAGGAAUAUUUCACAGUUUUCUGGUUUUGUUUGGACAAGUGAUGAAGAAAAACAGAAGACUAAGGUGAAGGAAAAGCUUGAUAAGUGCAACAAAGAUAGGUUGCUGGAUUUCUGUGAGCUGCUUGAUGUAUGCACUGUGAAAGGCACUACAAAGAAGGAAGAAAUCUCUGUGAAGUUGAUGGAAUUUUUGGAAUCCCCAUAUGUUAGCAGGGAUGUUGUACUUGCUGAAAAAGAGAAAGCCAAGAAGCGCAAGAGGAGGAGAAAGGGGCCUCCAGAGACAGUGUCAGGUGAAGCAUCUUCAGACGGAGAUGAGAAGACUGAAGGUAAAAAGGAGCUGACUCAAUCUGCUAAAUCCGAGAAAGAUGAUGACAGUGUAUCGUCUGAGGCAAAAGAUGCACCAACUGAUGAACACAAUAGUGAUUCUGAACACAACCAAAGAGAAGAUGAAGAGGCACAAGAGGAUUCUGCGCCAAAUGAAAAGAAGCGGAAAACAGGUGAUAGUGUCAAGUCAAAGGACAAAUCUUCACUUGGCAAAAAGGGUCAUAAAAGUGAAAAGGGCUCUGGCAAGUCUUCCUCAAAAAAUAGAUCCAAAGCCUCAGAUGAACAAAAGGAAAGUUCUUUAAAGGGAGCAACUCCACGGCCUCUGAAAAAAAAGAGGAAAGCUGCUCCAGAUGAGGAUUCCAUGGAAGCACCAGCAGACAGUAAUGACACUGACCCUCCAGCCUCUAAACCCAAAGUGGAAAUGAAGAGUAAAGUCCGGCAGAAAAAAAAUAAGAAAGGUGCAGAGCAGAUGGCAGCCAAUGCAAAGAAACCUGGGAGUGGAUCUAAUGUUUCUUCAAAAGGGAAAGUUAAAGCUAAAGCUAGCUCUGGUGAAGAUGGUGGCCCCACAAAAGAAGAAUUGCGGGAAGUGGUCAGUGAGAUUCUGAAAGAAGUUGACUUUAGUACUGCUACUUUGGCUGAUAUUCUCAGGCAAUUAGGCGAUCACUUUGAUAAGAAUCUAAUGGAUCGAAAAGCUGAGGUGAAAGCUAUAAUUGAAGAAGUAAUAAGCAACAUGUCUGAUGAUGAAGAAGUUGAUGAAGGAGAUGAUGAAGAGGGCCCAGAAGGUGAGGGUUCAGAUGGAGAGGAUGAUGGCUGACUCUUUAGGGUAAUUUUGUAGCUUUCAUUAUUCAUUGUGUAGGCAUGAAUGACAUUUACAUUGUUAGGUUCUGUUGACAGAUGUAACAUAGACCUUGUUAUCUUCAAGCUAGAUGUACAAUAGUUUCUUUCCAUCCUUGGCUCUUCUUAUUUAGGUAAAAAAUCUCAGAGUUAAAAUUUAUUAUCUGUUUCUAUUUUACAUUCCUAUCUCUCUGUUGUGCAAUGAAACCCCAAAGUCA